AUGGGAUCAAGAAUAUCAGUUCUAGAAAGCCCCCAAGAACCGGCGUAUGUGCAGGAGCUGAGGACUGAUCUGCAUGCUCUUAGCAGAAGAGUAUCUGAACUCGAGAGUUCUGUCCACACAGCCAACGAGGAAAUAACUCACAGGGUUACAGAUUUGGAAAACAGUUUCCGUAAUCUUCAACAACAACUCAACACAAACUAUUGUGCAAGCAAUCCUUGUGAGCAUGGUGGAACUUGCAGUAAUACUUUCAAUGGCUUUCAGUGUCGAUGUCCUACUAAUUGGCAAGGUGAUAGAUGUAAUGAAGAUGUAAACGAAUGUGACAUUUAUACUGGUACCAAUCUAGGAUGUCACAAUGGUGCAACAUGCACUAAUACACAAGGAUCAUACAGCUGCCAGUGUCGACCUGGUUGGAGUGGCAUUCAUUGUAAUUCACCAAACAAUUCAUGUGAUGGUGCUUCUCAUUGGGAGAUGUGUGAUCAUGGAGUCUGCAUAAAUGACAACAAUCAAAAUCCUUCUAGAACUCACUAUAGAUGUUUGUGUGAACCUGGGUGGACAUCAGAUACAACAGUGUCUCCAGCUUGUAACAUUGACAUUGAUGAAUGCCGAACAGGAACACAUUGCUCAGUCAAUCCUCCAGUUCAAUGCAUUAAUACACCUGGUUCAUUUGUGUGUGGGUCAUGCCCUACAGGUUACCGCGGCAGUGGGUAUUCAUGUCAUGACAUAGAUGAAUGUCAAGAUGGUAAUAAUGGUGGCUGCUCAAGGAAUCCUUAUGUAGAAUGUAUAAAUACCAUUGGAUCAAGUACAUGUGGAAGUUGUCCAGCAGGUUAUCUAGGAAAUGGAAAGCUCUGCACUGCUUCUUUUUAUUGUUCACACAAUAAUGGUGGAUGCCAUCAUCUUGCAAAUUGUAUCGAAGGAGCUAGUGGGAGAAUUUGCAUUUGUCAGAAUGGAUAUAUUGGCAAUGGAGAGGGUCCAAAUGGUUGCAUCCUACAAUCAAUAUAUGGGUCCUGUAACUCAAAUCCUUGUGCUAAUGGAGGAACAUGUACUCCUGCAGGAACAGGUGUCUUCACUUGCACUUGUCCCAGUGGUUAUACAGGGCCAACCUGUACCAGCACUGCCAAUGCUUGUAACAGCAACCCGUGUCAGAAUGGAGGCACUUGUGUUUCACAAGGAGCUGGAUUUAUUUGCAACUGUCCUGAAGGUUUUACUGGAUUUAGAUGUGAAAUACUGGAGCAAGUAUGUGGUGGGAGGUUGCUGCAAGAAAGUGGUUUGUUAAGAUAUCCUGCAACCAACAGUACUUAUCCAUCAUCUGCAGAUUGUAAAUGGGUUAUUUCAACCACAUUUGACAAGAUUGUGCAAGUUACAUUUACAGAAUUCAGUUUAGCACACAAUUGUAUACAUGACUUUCUACAAAUAAAUGAUGGUCCAACAACUACCUCACCAUUUAUUGAUAGGUACUGUGGCCGUCAGCUGCCUGCAUCGAUUAACAGUACUCAACAUGAAAUGUCCAUUUGGUUCAAAUCUGAUUAUUCUGUAGAACAUGAUAGUUUUAGCCUCACCUGGACAUCAGCACAGCCUGUCUGUGGGGGAACAUUCAGUGGCAGUGAUCAUGGUGCAGUUAAUAGUCCCAAUUAUCCAAACAACUACCCACCUAACAGAAACUGCAGUUGGAUUAUAUCUGUCCAGCCAGGGUAUAAGAUAUCAUUCCAUUUUGCUUUAUUAGACUUGGAACAUCAUCCUGAUUGUGGACAUGACUAUCUAGAGAUAUAUGAUGGAGUCACAGUUUCUGCACCAGUUUUACAACGACUGUGUGGGAAGCCAACAAGUUUACCACCUCCCAUCCAGACAAGCGGUCCAAAUGCUUUUGUUAGAUUUCAUAGUGAUCAUAUUGUACAUGGCCAUGGAUUUUCCAUCACAUACUUUUCUUUUAUUGAUACAACCUGUGGUGGAACAUUCACUAGUGAAACAGGAGUGAUAAGCUCACCUGGUUAUCCAAGUCAUUACCCCCAUGGAAAAAUGUGUAGUUGGGUCAUCAGACGCCCCACAAGCAGCAGGAUUUCAUUUACUUUUUUAGCUUUUGACUUGCAGACAACAGCAGGUUGCAGUUCUGAUUAUCUAAUGCUUAGAGAUGGUGAGAAUUACAUGGGUGAUUUAAUAGCUGUUUACUGUGGCAGCAAUCAGCCUGCUGCUGUUCAAACUAAUGGCAAUGUGGCUUAUGUAGAGUUCAGGUCUGAUGAAACAAGUUCUGGUGCUGGCUUUAGAAUACAAUGGACAACUGAAUGUGGUGGUGUAUAUACAAAUAGUUCAGGCAGUAUACAGUCUCCUGGAUGGCCUGGAGAUUAUCAUGCUAGUGCUGACUGCUCAUUUAUUAUUCAAGCCUCGGAUUUACAAAAUGUUUUGCUGACAUUUGAUUCUUUUGAUUUAGAAGAUCACUGUGAUUAUGAGUAUUUGGAGAUACAUGAUGGCUCCAGUGAAACUGCACCUCUGCUAGGUAGUAGAUAUUGUGGACAAAAUACACCUGUCAAUAUUAGAUCCACUGGAAAUGCUUUGUUUGUUAAAUUUGUAAUAGAUGAUAGCGUUCAACAUGCUGGUUUUCAUGCUACUUACAGUAUGGUUGAUGAUGGGGGAGCAUCCAUGGGCUGUGGUGGAACUUUAAAUAGAAAUUCUGGCAUUUUUCGGAGUCCUGGGCAAGCAAACCCUUAUCCUCGUGGCAUCAACUGCACAUGGUACAUAAUGGUUGACCAGGGGCAUGUUGUGAGACUUGAAUUUCAUACAUUUAGUUUUGAGUAUGGUUAUGACACUUGCCGUGACUACAUUGAAAUUUAUGAUAAUAUCACAGCAACAGGACCAUCUCUUGGAAGAUUCUGCCGUGAAAGACCUCCUGUGAUUACCUCAUCUGACAACUAUUUAACUGUUGUGAUGAUUACAGAUUCAAGUGUUGCUUAUGAUGGUUUCUAUGCUUCUUUUGUGGCUUUGAAUACUAGUACUUUUUGUGGUGGGGCUUUAACAGCAACUUCUGGUGAGAUUACUUCACCAAAUUUUCCACAAAACUAUCCUCAUCAUAGACAAUGUGAGUGGACUAUAACAGUUCCAAGAGGACGCCAAAUAUUUCUAAACUUUACUUCUUUUCAUCUGGAGCCAUCAGAUACUUGCAUGUGGGAUUUCCUUGAAAUAAGAGAUGGGGGCUCAGCAAAUUCUCCACUAAAGGUUAAGCUAUGUGGCUAUCAGGAAGCUGUUCCUCCUAUACGUUCAUAUGGCAAUCGUUUGUAUCUGAAGUUUAAAACAGAUGCUACAGUCACGCAUCCAGGUUUCCGAUUAGAGUAUGGUAGCUCUGCUUCAGGAUGCUAUGGUGAUUUAAAUUCACCAACUGGAAGUAUUACUUCCCCUGAUUAUCCAGACAGUUACCCACAUAACACUGAUUGUAUAUGGACCAUUACUGUUGCACAAGGAAAUUCAAUCAUAAUUACUUUUGCUGAAAUUGACUUGGAGAACUAUUAUUUGUGUCAUUAUGAUUACCUUAUGAUUCGUGAAGAUGGAGAAACAGGAAAAAUGCUUGGUAAAUUUUGUGGCCGCACCCUUCCUCACCCCAUUUACACUGAGUCUAACAAGCUGUGGAUAAAAUUUAAGAGUGACCAAGUCAUAGAAGGCAGGGGAUUCAGUUUACAGUAUAUUACAAAUUGUAACAAAAACUUUACUGGAUUUGGGGGUGCCAUUGAAAGUCAAAAUUAUCCUAAUUCAUAUCUCAACAAUUUAAAUUGCACAUGGUUCAUUGAAGUAAAUAAAGGGAACAAGAUAAAUUUGGAGUUUGCUACAUUUCUUUUGGAAGACCAUGACUAUCUUCAGAUUACAGAUGUUCAAAACUCUUCUCAAAGUAGGCGCCUUACAGGCAACACUAUACCACAGUCCUAUAACUCCAGUGGUAAUGUUCUGAAGCUAAAUUUCAUCACUGAUUCAUCAAUUGUCUUUAGUGGAUUUAGACUUGAAUGGGCGUUCAUUGGCUGUGGAGGAAUAUUGCAAGAUCCUACGGGCAACUUUACCAGUCCAAACUUCCCAAAUCCUUAUAACAGAAACAUUGAAUGUGUAUGGAGAAUUAUUGCUAACUUGGAUCAGGCAAUUGAACUUACAUUUCCAACAUUUCAACUAGAAGCUCACGGUUUCUGUGAAUAUGACUAUGUGAAGGUUUUUGAAGGUGGAAGUGAUCAAGGCCCACUUCUUACUCAGCUAUGUCAUGCACAAUCAAACCAAAUCAUCACAUCACAUGGAAACCAGAUGUUCAUUAAGUUUAUGAGUGGUGCUUCGAGUGAUGCUUCAAUAAAAAGAAAUGGAUUCAGUGCUACAUACAGGGCAAUACCUGGAGGAUGUGGUGGAAAUUUCUCUGCUAUGACAGCUACAAUAAUGUCUAAAAACUACCCACAAAAUUAUGACAGCAAUUCAACAUGUCACUGGAGGAUAACUGUUGGAGAAGGACAUAAUGUUGUUCUUACAUUUACAGACUUUGCUCUUGGGAAUUGCCCCAAUGACUAUGUAGAAAUCUUUGAUGUAAUUGAUUCAAAUGAGGUCUCCCUUGGAAGGCUUUGUGACAAUCAACUACCAAACCAGACAGAGUACAGAUCAACUGGAAAUCAAAUGUCCAUUCGCAUGUUGUCAUUACAAGGCGUUAAGAAUAAAGGCUUUAAAGCUGAAUACAAAACAGGCUGUGGUGGUACUUUGAAUGCAGACUUGGGAGGAUCAAUACAAUCUCUCUUCUAUCCGAAUCAGUAUCCUUACAAUACAACUUGCAUCUGGAUUAUCAGGACUCACACACUUGCUUCCAAUGUUCAUCUUUCAUUUACCUACAUGAAUAUACCUGAUGUUGAUGGUUGCCAGCAAAGUUAUGUAACAGUUAAUGAUGGCACAGAACCACUUGAGCUUCAUCCAAACCAACAACAAACAAGAUAUUGUGGAAACAACAUCCCUGCACCUUAUUAUUCUCAAGAUUUUGCCAUCUAUGUAGUGUUCAGGUCUGGUGCUUCUUAUCGUACUGGCAAUGGAUUUAGGGCUGUAUACUCAUCAUCACUUGCUUCUUGUGGAAGUGAUGAGAUAACGGCAUACUCUGGACACUUUCAAACACCUAAUUACCCAUUCAAUUAUCCUAACAAUAUUGAAUGUCAGUGGGUAUUCAAAACAUCACCGGGAAAUUCAUUGACGUUAUUUUUUGAUGACUUUGAACUUAACGGAGGUUUCAAUGAUGACUAUGUAGAAAUACGAGCACCAGAAAUAAGUAACUAUAUUGGCAGAUGGUAUGGGAACAAUGGUCCUUACAACUUAAGCUCAUCUUAUGCUGGUGCUAUUGUUAUCUUUAGAUCAAAUGAAGCAAAUACAGGGAAAGGCUUUACAGCUUUAUGGAGUUCAACUACCUCUAACUUUUUAACUGGUGAUAAUGGACAAAUAGCAUCCCCUAAUUACCCAUCUAUUUAUCCAGGAGGUUCUCAUUAUACGUAA